AUGGAUCUGACUCCAGGGUCUUCCCGAGCAUCUCGACGACUUGAACAGAAACCAGACACCGCUCCUGGCCUACCAUACCCAGCUCCAACAUAUGAAGCGAGACUUUCAGCUGGCUCCAGUUUAUUCCAACCACUAUGGGCGCGCGAUAACGAGAGAAAAGGUGACGAUGCCUUUUGGACAAUCAAAUUGGAGGGUUUUGGUAGCCCCAACAGUUCAUCAACCGCGAUCGACAAGAAAUUUGAACAUCGGAAGACUCUGCAGGAAUCAUUCCGUGGAGAUUCACAGGUCCAAGACAAUGUUCUUUACAAAGAUGGUCAACUUAUACUUCAACCCGCACCAACUCAAGACCCACGGGAUCCGCUCAACUUGCCCCUAUCGCGGAAGAUACUGGGAUGUUUCUGUCUGUGCUGUUUUGGCGCAUUAGCCGCUGCAGCUGAGCUUAUUCUCGGCGCCAUGUUGCCAGUAUUCGCUUUGGAAUACGCCAACCUUGAUCCAAAAAUACUGAAGGCUUUGACAUCAAGUGGUGGUCUUCCUUCGGGCAGCGACCCUUUAAAGAUUCUAUCAGGGCUUCCCAAUGCCCCACCGAUAUUUCAAGUCUACCUAUUAGCCUCGCUUCCUGUCUUGGUCAUCGGCUUAGCCAAUCUGAUUCUGGUACCAAUGGCCAUUUCAGUCGGUCGUCGUCCUGUCGUACUAAGCACCGGUAUACUUGCUAUUAUCGGAUGCCUCUGGGCCGGAAGCAGCAAAUCUUUAACAUCACAUCUAUUGGCUCGUUGCGUGCAGGCUGUUGGCGCUGGCACUGUCGAAAGCCUAAUUCCGUUCAUUCUCCAAGACAUGAUUUUUGUUCAUCAACGAAACUCCUGGAUAUCGUCUGUCUUUGCAGCUCAAGGCCUCAUUAUCAUUGUUCUCGGCAUCGCCACGCCAUACAUCAUCAUUGAUCUCAGUUGGCGCUGGAUUUACUACAUUACGGCCAUAGGUGCAGCAGUCUUUCUUAUUGGCAUCUAUUUUUUCAUGCCAGAAACCAGAUGGCAGAGAACUCGCGCGGAAAUGAACGGUGUUCCUCGGAUAGAGGACGGGCGUAGACAACCACCGAGAACCUUUCGAUAUGAUAUCGCCUUAUUCCAUGGCAAUUUGGAGUGGCGCAAGGGCUGGAAUGCUUUCGUCAACACGCUCCGCACGUUCUUUUAUCCGCAAAUAUUUUUUAUUACCAUGCUGAACAGUGUGAUGAUUGCCUGCGCGCUUGCAGCGGGAUACACGGUGGCGCCUGCGCUUUUGACGCAGCCGUGGUCAUGGGACUUUAUGAUACUUGGUCUGUGCCUAGUGCCAGUUUUGAUCGCUGCUAUUGCUGUCGCCUUUGUGACCGGCGGUGCGGCUGAUUGGAUGGCAAACCGUAUUGCCAAGAAACGUGGAGUUCGUGUGCCAGAAAACCAGCUUGUCAACUUGAUUAUCCCGACUAUUGCUGGCAUUGUAGGCUCAGUUAUCUUUGGUCUGGCCGGAUCCAACCAGGCAACAUACUCUCCAACCACGUUUCUCACUGGCCUCGGUCUGAUGGCUUUCGGUUUCUUGGGUGCCAACACUAUUGGCGCAGUUUACGUUCUAGAAUGCUACCCUCACCUCGCAGGACCUGCUUUGGUAAACAUAGCAUCAUUUAGAUGCUUGUUGGCGUUUGUAUUGUCAUUCAAAAUAUCUGACUGGGUCAUAGAAAUGGGUUACUUCGGCGCUAUGAUGAUCUACACUGGACUGAUUAGCGUUUUCGCCCUUUUCAUCCCAGUAGUUUACUUCUAUGGACCAGCAUGGAGAAAGAGAUGGCCUGCAGACCACUUCGGGGAUCAGCUGUGA